AUAGCUCUGUGGUCGCCAGGCAACCGCCCUGACGCAAUGCAAAAGAACGUCCCUUCAAAAAAUAACCGUGAGGAGAAUUCGCAGUGUUUGUGAGCUCGGGAGGCGGGAGCCAGAAACCGAGAGCGCCAAGGGUAGGCGCGGGCUGGCUGCGGGGUCCUCGACAGCUCGGGCGACGCGGCUGGGGCGCAAGAGACCACAGGUUGAUUCUCCUAUGAUCCGGUUUUAUGACCCGAAAGUCUGAGGUGUCGAUCAUCCGCCAUAACAGAGGUAGUUGGCGGCCAGUCUUCACCAUCUCUGCUUGCCCCAUCCCUCACUGUCUGUGAUCCUUCUGAAGCACCAGAUUCUCUCCUUUUAUGGCCAGCAGGUAUGCAGAGAGAAGCAUUGGAUCCUGAGUGGAGGGGCAACUGUUAGCACUGGACACUGCAAACCAAGGCUUUCUGGGUGAAAGUCCCUGCGAGAACACAGGCUCACGUCCCCCCUCCCCCCCCACACCCAAAGCGCAUUCCCAUCACCUCCAACCUGCACACUUCCGGCAAGCAUAGCUAGAUCUCAGAGGAGGCCGCCCCAGACAUUCCUGCUGAUGCCUGUCUGAUCCUGCCUUCUGUGAAGCAUGGCCCCCACGGGAUUACGGGACAAAUCAUAGACCCUGAGCCACACCUGCUCGGAGAGGCACACUUCACAGCCUCCCUUGGCUCCAGCUGCUGCCAAGCCUCGGGACUCACUUCCAUCCCCGCAAUGCCUUCAGGAGCCAUGGCCACCACUGUAUGAGGUCCUUCCCGAGCAGGACUUGACCUUGCUACCCAGAAAGGCUCUGGAGUGACCUCCACUGCCUCCCAUGCCUGGCAACCAGGGCAGACUAGAGAAUGUCUGUGCCACGGAUUCAGGUGGAAGAAGUGGGUGAGAAAGACAGGCUGGCAGGAGCAGCCGCACCUCCCGAUGACCACCUACUCAGCCUGAAGGCCCUCACCGAGAAACUGAGGCUAGAGACCCGAAGACCCUCCUACCUGGAAUGGCAGGCCAGGCUAGAGGAGCAGACGUGGCCUUUCCCAAAGUCAGCUGCCCCACAAGAGGCAGGCUUGGAACAGGGAGCCUGUGGAGAUGGAGUGCCAUCAGUCCCUCUGAGGGAAUCCAGAGAGCUGCUCCCACCUCCCAGGAGCGCCAGCCGGGGCGACGGACCUCUGACCACAGGCAAGCUGGAAGGCUUCCGGAGUAUCGAUGAGGCCAUAACCUGGGUCAGAAAGGAACUGGCAGAGAUGCGGCUCCAGGACCAGCAGCUGGCCAGGCAGCUCAUGCGCCUCCGUGGAGACAUCAACAAGCUGAAGAUUGAGCAGACCUGCCGCCUGCACAGGAGGAUGCUCAACGACGCUGCCUACGAGCUGGAGGAGCGCGAUGAGCUGUCCGACCUCUUCUGCGACUCCCCCCUGGCAUCCUCCUUCAGCCUUUCCACACCGCUCAAGCUCAUUGGCGUCACCAAAAUGAACAUCAACUCCAGAAGGUUCUCUCUCUGCUGAGAAGCCAUAGGAUGGAAGGGUGGGGGGGAACAGAGCUAAGGGUUUGGGGCAGGGACUCAGACCAAGUUACUUAAAGCGGGUCUCCCUGCGGCCAUGCUGGGGAACAGAAGGCCCCCAGGGCUUCAGCUUUGCAUACCUAGGUCUUCACGUUCAAUCAUCGAAAGUCUACAGACACUAUGUAAGACAGGGGUCUCAGAGAGAUCCCUGUGGUCUGCUCCCCUCUGUGGCCUAAAAUCAUUGGUGCUAUGAUGUUGGAUCCCAAAGGGGUCACCCCUCCCCCCCACACACACACACACAAAGCUUGUUCUUACAGAAAGCUCUCCUCUGAGGAAGUGGGGAAGAUUAAAUGUAUAAGGCACUCUCAUCUCUCAUGUGCUGUUACCACCCUCUCAGUCCUAGCUCUAAUUGCUCCUAAGUAGGUGACUCAGCAGCCUGGACAGGGGUGCGCUAGGACAAGAAAACCUAGAGGAAUAAUGAGGCAGCACGUGGGAAUGCAGGCUUCUCUGUGAUGGCCGCCAGCAUCCCUGGGAGGGAGCUCCGCCCUGUGACUUUGAACUAUAGCCUUAAUGCUACAAGGCCAUGCUGUUUCCAGCUUGCUCCAUGACACAUGGCGCAUGUACCUUGGAUAGCUUCCGUAGGGGGACCCAGACACCCUGCUCUCCACGCUAGCUCCAGUUACAACCACUUCAGUUAUUUCUCUGCCACUCACAACCCAGGGGAGCACCUAGCAGUCCGCUGGUGACUAAACCAGGCAGAUAGGAAACAGAUUUCCCCCAAGUAAAUUCUACCGUAGGGGGCAUGACAGAGGCCUUCCUGGUGGGACCUGAUGGUGUCACCCACAAUACCUUAUCCUCAGCACCAAAGACCCCAGGGAGUCCAGAAGCCUGCCCCUAGCCUCUCUUCAAGACUGUGCCUGACCUAAACAAUGAAUUUUAAUUGACCAUGACUGUUAACUAAUGUGCUGCUAACUCGUUAAUACCCGUCUGAUUCUUGUCCAAAUUGUGAGCCAGUUGAGUAAGCCAAGCAGAGUUUGGGGGUUAGUUUUGAGAGUUUUUUUCCCCCUAGGAGACACCUGGAGAUCAGCAAAAUGUUAAGUUGAUCGGUUCAGGGAAGACCUGAUACAGCACAUCUGGCCACAUGUAAUCCUGUUGACACAAGUUUCUCAGACAUUGGGUGUGUCUAGUGAGGCCGGCUCAUUAGCAGAGGGGCCAAAAGGAAGCCAGGAAUGAGAACAGCUUCCCUCAAGUCACUUGGCUGCUUAGUGGCUGUAGAAUACUAAAGUGUGAAAUUACUGUGAGUCAGGCCUAGACGGAUCUCCUGUCAAUGAACUUAAACUUCCAAGAGAUGGUCCUGAUGCUCUGCCAAACCCAUAAGUUGCCAGCUUCUCUCUCCCUCCCUUUCAGGCCCCACCCAUUCUCCCCACUUUGCAAUCCGAAGUCUUGAGGGGAGGGGGAGAAGCAUGAUGCCAGGAUGGUGGACCUUCGACACUUCCCAUCAGUCAUAGUCCUGUCGUCUACGCUGACUGCUCUCUGUAUAUAAUGUUUGUUCUCCCUGGAAUCCCAAUUGGCUGUGUCCACACACACCACAACACACCCCGGGAGAGGCUGAAAUGGGAAGUUAUAACUGAAUGGUCACAGAUGACUGAAUGGGCUCUUCUUGUGAUUUCAGAGCCAGGCAGUUUGUGUUUCUUUUUUUAAAAGGUAGAAUAAGAUAGCCAAGAUUUUUUUUUAAAAGCCCUGAAGUCCAUAGGCCUUGACCCCAAUCCCUUCCUUAGAGACCACAUAAAACACUGCCAAGUCCCAAGAGGCCUCAGUACCUCUCAUGACCUCCUGACUCCAGUCUCCUGCUGGCUGUCCCUCACACACCACGUCACAGAGAACACGUGAAAGAAGGCUCAUUCCAUAUUCUAGAAACAAGGUUAACCUGGUAAGAAGUUAAUCAUUAGUCAAGCUACCACAUCUCUAAUCCCAGCACUCAGGAGGUGGAGGGGGGGAGGAAAAGGAGUUCAAGGCUAACCUA